AUCACGGAAUCAGCAGCUGCUGCUUUUCUGAUCAGUGAUAAUUCAUUCUUCAUUUCCAGUCUUAGUCCUCUCUGUGAAGUUUAAAUAGCGAUACCUAAUGAGAAGAACUUUCUACUCGGGCCUACUGCUGGUGCUCUGGCUAGCCUCCAAGAUUAAGGCUCAGUCACCGUGCAGCAGUGCCACUACUUGCAAUGAGUGUUAUGCCAUACCUAACUGCGCCUGGUGUGCUGAUAGAAACUUCUUUCCUACAAAAAUGAGACCAAGAUGUGAAAUCCGUGGUAUCCUCACUUCAUAUUGUAACGUGGUUGAGGAUAUACAGAGUUCUACCACACUGGAAGAAAAUGGAUUGAAUUCAGACAAUCAGAUAUCAAUAAGCAGUGCCAAAGUAUAUUUAAGAGCUGGUGAAACUCAAUCAUUAAGAGUGUCAGUUCGGCCAGUCCUGAACUUCCCCAUUGAUUUUUACUUUUUGCUUGAUUCUUCGAGUUCUCUUGAAGACGAUUUAGAAAACAUAAGGAGAAUCUCUCAAGAUAUUAGUAAAUUUUGCAGUUAAUGAUUUGAUAGCAUUCAAUUCAUAUUAACUCUGU